AUGAAGAUUUUGGAAGAUUAUGAUGAAUCGUUCUACGAUGUUACCGAAACUCAUCACACAAUUCUAUUCGUGAGUUAAAAAAUAAUUGUUAGAAUAUUUCAACAUAUUAUUGAUUUUACAUAGUUAUGUCUCGGAAAUUUUACUGUCAAAUCAUACAAAUCAAUCUGUAUAUUUUUAACCGGGAGGAAAUUAAUCACAGUAAACCACAAAAACAGCUAAAUACUUUUCGGAAUUUGAUAAUUAUCGAUGAAGUUUUGUAAAGAAUAUUUUUUGGAUUAUGUUCAAAAUUUCAAAAGUAUUCCGAAGUUUUAUUUUGAUUUAGAAUCAAUUAGACGAAGUUCGACAACAUUUUUAAAAUAUCACUACGAUCAUUAAACAUCUGUUAUCUAGAAUCAACGUCAAAUUGUCAAAACCGAGAAGACAUUCGAAGAAUUUUUCGUUCAAUUCUAUCAUAUAAUUUCGCUGAUUAGGCAUAUCAAACCAUGAUAAUUUCAUACUCAAUCUAAAAUAUAUGAUCAAUUCGUAUUGAACAAAAUAAAGACACUAAUCUUGUUAAAUUUUCAGAAAUAUUGCCAUACAUUCGAGCGAUUUAUGCUCUAUAACAAUGUAUUUGAACGAUGUCCACCAACAAAUCUAUUGAGAAUCGAAAAUAUUCCCGAAACCACCACUCACCAAACAAUUUGCCAAAACAUGCAAAAAUUCGGCGUUGUUGUUAUAGUGGAAUUUUUGAACGGCAGCAAUUGGGCAAUCAUCGAAAUGGGCGAUUCGGAACAAACCAACAAAGCAUAUGAAUUUUUCCAAGAGGAAAUUUCUUUCUUUUUUGGGUGAGUGAAUUAUAUUUGUUUUCAAUUAAAAAAAGAGUACUUUAGUCAUUAUCCCUUGCCGACCUCUGCCAUUUUAUAUUCACACCCAGGAUUCCGAACAAGAAGAUCGGCUGCAAUUGUUGCGUAG